AUGAUGGCGGUAAUCUGCAACGCAAUUACCGCCUCCUCCGUGCUGUCGAUCGUGGCCCUCGUGCUUUCGAUCGAGAACAAUCCUCCCGGUUUCAAAUUCGGUCCCCUUCCCGACAAAUGGGUCCAGGAGGGGGUGAAGCCCUUCCCAUACAUCUACUGCUAUCGGGCAUUUGAUAUCCGCGUGAUCAAUGAGGUGAAGGCGGCGUAUCUGGCGGCAGGAUUGAACUCCCAGUGGGAGUCUGCCUGGGAAAAACUUCAAUCCGUGCCGUCCUUUGUUGGGGUUUUUGCCGACCCCGGAGUUACCAAGGUGUACGCCGAGCUCGAGAACGCGGCGCAGUCCGAGUGCCGCAGGCGGCCUGAGUAUCACCUUGGGACCAACCUCGCUCGCGGCACCAUGGUCUACCAGGACUUUAUGGGCACGCAGGAUUUGGCCCACGAUCUCGACACCCUUCGCACGGCCAUCGGCGCGGAUAAGCUGUCCGUCUGGGGUAUCUCUUACGGCACAGAAGUGGGCGCAACCUACGCGACGGUGUACCCGGAGCGGGUCGACAAGAUGAUCCUGGAUGGAAAUGUCGCGAUAUCGAAUGAGAUCUACGAGGCCGCGCAUCUCUGGGCUCUCAGCUACGAACAGGUUUGGAACGGACUCGCUGCAGCUUGCAACAACGAUUUCUUUGUGGCCGGCGGCAUCGACGCCCCUACCCUCCCCGCCGAUGACUUUUGCGCGGCGACGCCAUAUCCAACGGACAAAAUGUACAAGCUCUUGGGCGCCCAGACAGACGAAACGCUUUUGUUGAUGGCUUUUACUCUCCUCUCAAAAUUCUUCGAGGGCGGCGGAAUUAUGCAUAGCGGCGUCUCUCCCGGCGGCGCGAUCAUGAUGGCUUGCGUCGAGUCCCUCCACAAGUACGGGAACUUCGAUGGGGAGGGUUGUUGCGACUACCAGCCCAAAUCCCAAUGUUGCAAGGGUAAGAUUCAAAUUCCAGCCAACAACAACACUUUUAAAAAAGAGGAUGACGAAAAUCCCACUAUCACGCUGGUUCGCUCCGUCGACAUGGCAGGACGACUCAGCACCGCGGACACUGAACGCCUCUGGGCCGACCUCAAGGACAAACACCCGAUCGGCUUCCUUCGCGCAGGCAAUAUCGUCAGCAUCGUCUCGGCGCCCAACCUGCCACGCCCGGUGCCUUCUUACGGAUCGGGGCUGGACAAGCUGCAGCCUCUCAUCAUCGGCGACUUUCACGACCCCGCUACGACGUACACGGCUUCGCAGGACAUGCGAGACAAGUUUCCCAAUGGCGCGCUGAUGAGCUGGCAGGGCUACCACCACGGCCUCUUUCUGGAUGACAACUUUGGCUUGUCCGACUACACCUCCAACACGUUCCAGAACGAGGGUUACGGCGCGAAGGAUUGCUACGACCGGAUGUUGAGCUACCUCGAGGAUGGCAAGCUCCCACCGAACGGCUACACGUGCCCGAUCAAUGGCCCAGCCGCAGGCUCUCUCAGCCUGAAGGUUGCAAAGCAGGGUCAUCAGGCGAAAAAUGGACAGGAGUGAACGUACGAAGGAUGCUAGUGCAACGCGAGCACGACCAAGCAAGGCGCGCAUGUAAUUUGCAGAUCGAUCAUCCGACCACCCCUGCAUGCGCGGGCCUUGGUCCGGUGCCGCUGAACGGCAUUGGGCCAAUCCUUGAGAAGCGCUGAACACUGACUGUGCGUGAGGGGGGGGUCGGUAUUUGGAAUGAGUGAGCCGUGUCUGAUUGUGGCAGUCUGGUCUAGCGUGCGUGCAGCGGUGGCUCGGAGCGUAGGUUAGCGCUCUGAGCCACGGCCUGUGGCCGGCUCUAUUCCGGCACGGGGCCCGCAGCGCUGUCAGCCUACGUCUCUGGACUGCCCUCUUCGCCAUAGUUGCGACAUCAUUUGGCUAGUUCCAAUACACUCUGACACGUU